CCCGACGACAGCCUUACUGGACGUCCUUAGUGCUUUGCGGCAUUAAGGGCAACAGAAUCGGAGAUAUAGCGCAGAAAGACUUCGCGGUGAGCAUCUAUAAGUACUACAACAUCCCCCUUUCUCAUUGCUAUUUCCACCCAUCCAAAAAGAACACAAUCUAUCCAUACACAACAAUCUUCGAAGUUUUACCAGAUUCACCACCAUGGCCGCCACUCACACAAGCUCUAAGCGUAUCCCCAGUUUCCAAGAUCAUGCAUUGAUCGGAGAGUCUGCAAAGAUCCCUAUCAACGAUGCGGCUCCUGUCAUUUCCAUCAGUCCAGUGAUUCUUCCAGCUCCGGACCGCAUCAUGGACAUUCACCUCCGCGUCUCUGCACCAGCAACGGGGAAAAAUCUCCCAAUCAUUCUCCUCUCGCAUGGACAAGGACCCUCGAACAAUCUAUCGUCUCUGAAUGGCUACAGUCCAAUCGCCAACUUUUGGGCCGCUCAUGGCUUCGCUGUUAUCCAACCCACUCAUCUCUCAUCUCGGACACUCUGCCUCAGCCCGGAGCAGUACCCCGAAGCUCCCUGGUUCCUGCGGUCUCGCGUGCUAGAUUUCAAGCUUAUCUUGGACAAACUCGAUGAGAUUGAAACACUCUUCCCACAAAUCCAAGGGCGCCUGGAUCAUAGCCGUAUCGCCGUGGCUGGUCAUUCCGGAGGUGGUCAUACUGCUAGUCGGCUUCUGGGUGCCCGAGGAAACGAUCCAUCGCACCCAACGUACGAAGAUCUAUCGGACUCGCGCGUCAUAGCAGGUAUCCUCCUCGCAAGUCCCGGCGACGGCCGCGGUGGAGACGGCCUUGGCCCUGCUGCAGUGAACACCGACCUCAAAUAUCACAGCCAUGCAGAGAUGAAGACCCCCACUCUCAUCGUCAUUGGAGACAAAGACGGGUUCCCAUUUUUGACCUCCCGUGGCGCAGAGUACCAUGCCGAUGGAUAUCAUUUCAGCAAAGGUCCAAAGUCACUACUUACGGUGAAAGAUGGAAAGCAUGGACUUGGUGGAGUUUCGGGUUUCGAUACGGCCGAGGCAGCGGAUGAUGAGAGUCCCGAACGACUGGCUAUGGUUCAGCGUAUGACUUGGGCGUACCUGCGCAGUACGCUUUAUCCCGAAGACCUUGCUUGGUCUGAAGCAUGUUCCGCCUUGGAUCAGCUUCCUGGAUUGGGGAAGGUGGAGAAUAAGGAGUGA